AACUGAAACUACUGAAGAGUAUAGACCAACAUAUAUGCAAUCCCAAGCAAAUACAGAGUCUAUUCCAAAGUCUAUCUUGGUUGUAGGAAAAAUCCGCGAUUAUAUCAAUUGUGAAUAUUCUAAAAAACGUUAUUGUGUAUAUAGUGAUAAAUCUUUGACCUAUGAAGAAGAAGAAGAUUAUCAACAGGCAUUAGAAUUAUAUUCAUAUUCUU